UGCUGCAGGGGAGCGGGGAUCGCCCACCCAGCAUCACCUCCUCCACCUCCUCCUCCUCCACCUCCUCCUCUCUUGCAGGACUCUCCCACCAGGCUUCCCCCAGCCCAGCCCAGCCCAGCCCAGCGCAGCCCAGCCGUGCCGCCCCAGCCCGGUGGGUGCAGCGGGGGCUUGGCGGUGCGGGCUCCCAGCCGGAGGACGUGGCUCGGAGGCGGACAACCCAGGAGGCAGGAUUCUGCCAACAAGCCCCAAGUGAGAGGUGGGAGAGUCAGCUGGCAGACAUGUCUAUUGAGGUGCAACCGGCACCACUUGCGCACCUCCUCGUCCCAGCACUUGUGCCGCCUCCAGUGAAGAUGGAGGAGCAGGACCCAGCAGGCUCUGAGCCAGGGGCAAGGAGAUUCCCUCAUAUUAUCCAGGCCAGAGAGUCGCUGACAUGGGCAGCGCCAGCACAGGUCAAGCAGGAGCCACAAGACGAGCCAGUCCGGCGCUGGGAAGUCACAGUGUGCAGGAAGAUCAAGGAGGUGGCCUUGGACAAGAUGAUACCUUCUGGGGCAUUGAGGGAACCUUUUGAGUCUUGGAUGAAGGGGCUGAAGAUUCGUUCUGGGCAUGUGGAGGAGGCAGGAUGGUGUGAAACCCCAGGGCCCCAGGAUGAUCUUCCUCAUGUCCCCCAAGAGAAGUCUCCAUCCCACCAGAUGUCAGCAGGUGCAGGGAGCCCGAGCCAAAGCCAGGAGCAGCUUACCAAGGAAGGGCAUGCAAACCUGGAGCUGUUGGGAACAUCCCCAGGAAGCUUGGGAAGAAGGGGCUCCCCGAGACUCGAGCUGGGCCAACUGCACAAGAGGCAGGGCAGGCCCCCAAAGCGGAAGGAAAAUGUGGUGCUCCUGGAGGCCUUUGAGGACGUGGCCGUGUAUUUCACGCAGAAGGAGUGGGCGCUGCUGGACGAUGGAGACAAGGCGCUUUACCGGGACCAGAUGCUGAGGAAUUACCAAGCCCUCGUUUCCCUGGGAUAUCGAGGUCCCACACCAGCCUUGAUCAACCGCAUCCAACAAGGGGAGAUGGAGCUCUGGGUCUGUGAUGAUAAGGACUAUGGAGAAAAGUCGUCAUUGGAAGGCCUUUUCCCAGCCGGUGCUGGGAUGGUGAGCAGAGCUGAGCAGCAGUCUCUUGAAGAAGGGCCUGCAAACCUGAACCUGAUUCGAGCCACAAACCAGCUACCUUCCCAAGAGGGGCAGAGAGCACCUGCAGCCCGAAUGAUCCCUGUGUGUAGGGAAGGAUUUGAGGGGCAGAGAGACUUGAAGACCCAGGAGGGAAGAGCUGACAGCGGGGCUGACUCGUAUGAAUGCGGAGAGUGCGGCGAGAGCUUUGGGAGCAAACAGGAGCUCAGGGGGCAUGGCAUAGCACACAAGAAGGAGCACCUCUGCAAUGAGGGACGGAAGAGGUACCGCCCUAAAUACUGGGUCAACAGGCACCAGCGAGCACACGUGGGGGAGCACCCCCGCCUCUGCUCUGAGAGUAGGAAGACCUUUGUUUCUCUCCAAGACUUGCGAGUCCACCAGCGCGUGCAUACGGGAGAGAAGCCGUACCACUGCACCGAGUGCUGGCAGAGCUUCACCAGGCGGGAUUACCUUCGAGCGCACCUGCGGGUACACACAGGGGAGAAGCCUUUCUUGUGCACCCAGUGCGGGAAGAGCUUCACUGAAAGCUCACUGCUUACAAAGCACCAGCGCAUCCACGUGAGGGAGAAGCCCUUCUCCUGCACGCAGUGUGGGAAGAGAUUCACCCACCGCUCAACGCUCAGAAAUCACCUGCGGGUGCACACGGGGGAGAACCUCUACCACUGCCCCGAGUGCGAGAAGAGCUUCACCCGGUGGGAUCACCUCCAAGCACACAUGUGCGUGCACACGGGGGAGAAGCCGUUCUCGUGCACCCAGUGUGGGAAGAGCUUCACCCAGAACUCAGCACUCACGCAGCACCAGCGCGUGCACACGGGGGAGAAGCCAUUUUCUUGCAGCCAGUGUGGGAAGAGCUUUGCCAGGCGGUAUUACCUCCACGUGCACAUGCACGUGCACACAGAAGAGAAGCCCUAUGACUGCACUAAGUACAGGAAGAGUUUCACCAAGCAGUAUCACCUCCAGGGCCACCUGCACGUGCACCCGGGGGAGAAGUCAUUCUCCUGCAGCCAGUGCGGAAAGAGCUUCACCCGAAACUCAACGCUCACCAAGCACCUGCGCGUGCACACCGGGGAGAAGCCAUUUUCUUGCACCCACUGUGGGAAGAGCUUCAGCAGGCAGGACCAUCUCCAGAGCCACCUGCGCGUGCACACGGGGGAGAAGCCGUUCUCUUGCACCCAGUGCGGGAAAAGCUUCACCGAGAGAUCUACGCUCACGCAGCAUCUGCGCGUGCACACGGGGGAGAAGCCCUUCUCCUGCAAGGAAUGUGGGAAGAGCUUCACCCGGAGCUCGACGCUCACCGCCCACCAGCGUGUGCACACGGGGGAAAAGCCGUACCGCUGUGCCCAGUGUGGGAAGUGUUUCCAUACGAGCUCCACCCUGACCAAGCACCAUCAAAGCCACAGGGACCAGGCACUUGCAUUCAACAGGGACAGCUUCUGCCAGCUCCUGUCUCAUCCUCCUUCUGCCGUGGAGAGCGGGGUCCUACACCUGUACUGGAAUGCCCCCAGGUAUCCCUCCUUCAACGAGGAGUGUCCCAAUUGGCCUGUCGUAGUACCUUGUUGUAGCAGCUGGGACAGAGAAGACAACAGGGUCAGGACUAAAUGGACAGACUUGGCCAUGGAGUAUCAGGAGUGUCUUGUUGCAAACAAGUCAUCUCGCUCUCAGUCACAAUACGUCUCCAGGAAGGGAAAAUACCCAUCAGGAUUCAGUCCCAGAGCUCUCCAGCAGCACAGGGAGUGUUGUCCAGAAACCACUUGGCCUAAGACAGUGCUGCAGGAGACGAGACUACCAAGAGCCUCCGGUGUCAGAGCCAGGGUGGGGUUUCCACUGGCAGAGACGAUGGCUGCCAAGUGUGGGAUGGCACCAGUUCCAGACCCCACCUGUCCAGCCCUCACAUCAGCCCCAGUAACCCUACAUGUGGCUCCAGGGAACAACCCCUCUAUCCCAGAGAAGCGGCGUCAGCACUUCAGGGGCUUCUGCUACCAGGAUGCCAAAGGGCCACGCGAAGUUUGCAGCCGCCUGCGGGAGCUGUGCCGGGGCUGGCUGGAGCCCCAGCGCCACAGCAAGGAGCAGAUGCUGGAGCUGGUGGUGCUGGAGCAGUUCCUGGCCGUCCUGCCCCAGGAGAUGCAGAGCUGGGUGUGGGAACACGGUGUGGAGACGUGCGCCAAAGCAGUGGCCCUGGCUGAGCAGUUUCAGCUGGAGCAGAUGGAGGAUGAGAAGCUCCAGGUAAUAGUGGGUGUGAAGGUCCAAGAAGUGUCCUCGGACCAGAAGGCACCCACGGAGGCAUUAUGGGAGCCUCUUGAUUCCUGGCUGGAGGAGAUGCGGCCCCAUCCUGCAAACAUGCCCCAGGAGGAGGAAGGAUGGGGUGAAACGCCAGGACCUCAGGAUGAGCUGCCUCACGUCCCCAAAGUGAAGGCCCCUGUCUACCGGGAAUCAGCAGGUGCAGAGACCUUGAGCAACACUGAAGAGCAGCCUCCUGAGAGAGGACCUGCAAACCCAGAGCUUCAGAGGACUUCCCCAAGGAGACUAGGGGAGAGGGGCUCCCUAAUAGCUGAGCCAGAACAAGUGCAGAAGGGACAGGACAGACCUCCAAAGAAGAGAGAGAGUAUACAGCUCCGGGAGACCUUUGAGGACGUGGCCGUGUACUUCACGCAGAAGGAGUGGGAGCUGCUGGACGAUGGAGACAAGGUGCUUUACUGGGACCAGAUGCUGAGGAAUUACCAAACUCUUGUUUCCCUGGGGUAUCAAGGUCCCACCCCAGACUUAAUUUGCCGCAUCCAGCGAGGGGAGGUGGAGCUCUGGGUCUGCGAAGCUGAAGAACCUGGAGAAAAUACACUGAUUGCUGGCCUGUCCCCAGCAGAUGCUGAAACACAGAGCAGAGUUCAGCAGAAGCCUCCUCGGGAAAGCCCUGCAAAUCAUAGCCCACUUCCAGCCAGAAACCAGCUGCCCGUUCAAGAGGGACAGAAAACAAUUGAAACCCAAAAGAGCCCUGUGUGCAAGGAAGAAUUUGAAGGACAGAGGCACCUGGUGAUCCAGGAGGAUAGGGUUCGCAAGGGGGAAGGGUUGUGUCUACCUAGAGAGAGCUUUGGAGACAAAGAGGAGCUCAGGGCCCCCAGGGGAACCCGCAGGAGGGACAAGACUUACCCCUGCACUGAGUGUGGGGCCAGCUUCCAAAAUAAAUACCAUCUCAUUAGGCACCAAAGAAUGCACCUGGGGGAGCGCCCCCCGCUCUGCUCCGAGACGGAGGAGAGCUUUCUCCCCCUGAGCAAUCUCCAAAGCCACCAGCCUGUGCACAUGGGGGAGAAGCCGUAUUGCUGUGCCAAGUGCAGGAAGAGCUUCACCCGGUGGGAUAACCUCUGGGCCCACAUGCGCGUGCACACCGGAGAGAAGCCUUUCUCCUGCGGCCAGUGCGGGAAGAGCUUCUCUCAGAGCUCCACGCUCACGCAGCACCUGCGCGUGCACACGGGGGAGAAGCCCUUCUCCUGCAGCCAGUGCGAGAAGAGCUUCACCGACCGAUCAAACCUCAUAAGGCAUGUGCGCGUGCACACGGGGGAGAAGCCGUUCUCCUGCACCCAGUGCGGGAAGAGCUUCAGCGACAGCUCAACGCUCACCAGGCACCGCCGCGUGCACACAGGGGAGAAACCGUUCUCUUGCUCCCAGUGCGGGAAGAGCUUCAGCAAGAGCUCCACGCUCUCCACCCACCAGCGCAUUCACGGUGGGGGGAAGCCGUUUUCUUGAACCUGGUGUGAGAAGAGCCUUACAAAGCACAGGGGAGAAGCCGGACCAUUGAGCCAACUGUAGGAAAUGUUUCUCUGCCAUGCCAGCUCCCCCCUCACCGGACACCAGCAACGAGUGGACCUUUGCACUCAACAGGGAGCAUCUUCUGCUAGCUGUGAAGUGGAGAUGGGGGUCCUGCACCUGGGGUACCCCAUCCUUCAAUGGAGGUGUCCCAAGCCAGCUGUUGUGAUAACUUGGAGCUGCAGCUGACACGGAGAAGACAAGAGGGUCACGGCUAAAGUGAUGGAGCUAAGACACAGAGAAGAUAAAAACCAGGGGAUGCAAUGCUAAAGUUCCCCUGAAAAGAGACCUCUUUGAACCAUCCAGUCCGCAGCUCCCACAUGGACGCCCAGCCAGAUGUCCCUUCACUAUUCCUUCCUCCGGCAUUUUAGGACAUUACCAGUGUGAUCUGCUUUUUGACUUUCUUGAUUAUCCCGUUAACUUCCACAUCAAUUAGGAGGGCUCCCGUCCCACCACUUGGAUCAGUUUGGAUAACACAUUCACUACAAAAAAAUAAAGAGAAUAUCCAUGAA